GGUUUUGGCAAUGUUCUUUGGUGAGUAUCUUCUCCCAGCUUCUUUGAAUGGGGAUUAGCCAUCAAAUGGGCUAAUUACAACUUAUAAUGUAAUCACAUACAAAUACAAGAAAUUGAGUUAAACAAGACUAAAAGUAAAGGAAGAGUUGACAAAUUCCAUCAAUUUGAUGUUGGAUAAUGAAGUAAAAUUGGUCAUUAUCAGCGUCAAGCUAUGCUGGAUGAAUUAAGUGCUUUACAGAAAAGUGGAACUUGGGAGCUUGUCCAAUUACCAUCUGGAAAGUCUGUUGUUGGUUGUAGGUGGGUGUAUGCUAUCAAGGUUGGCCCUGAUGGCACAAUUGAUCGUCUGAAAGCUCGACUGGUUGCCAAAGGCUACACACAGAUUUUUGGUUUGGAUUAUGGUGAUACUUUUUCUCCAGUGGCAAAAAUGACCUUUGUUCGCCUAUUCAUUGCCAUGGCCUCUUCGACAAUGGCCUCUUUACCAACUUGAUGUCAAAAAUGCUUUCCUUAAUGGUGAUUUGCAUGAAGAAAUUUAUAUGGAGCAACCGCUUGGCUUUGUUGCUCAGGGGAGUCAUCGGAUUGGUAUGUCGUCUUCGCAAAUCCUUAUAUGGCCUAAAACAGUCUCCUCGGGCAUGGUUUGGUAAAUUCAGCUGUAUUUUUCAACAAUUUGGUAUGUCUCGCAGUGAAGCGGAUCAUUCAGUGUUCUAUCACCACUCAAGUACUGGAUGUAUCUACUUAAUAGUGUAUGUCGAUGAUAUUGUUCUCACAGGAAGCGACUAUCUUGGCAUCUCUCAGAUGAAACAACACCAUUAUCAUCAUUUUUAAACCAAAGAUCUUGGCAAACUCCGGUACUUUUUGGGUAUUGAAGUAGCACAAUCCAAUGCUGGUAUUGUCAUAUCUCAGAGGAAGUAUGCUUUAGACAUCUUGGAGGAAACAGGGUUAAUGAGCUGUAAAUCUGUUGAGACACCUAUGGACCCUAACAUCAAACUCCUACCAAAUCAGGGGGAGCCUUUCUCAGAUCCUGAACGAUACAGAAGAUUAGUUGGUAAAUUAAACUAUCUUACUGUUACGCGUCCUGACAUUUCCUUCGCAGUUAGUGUGGUGAGUCAAUUUCUAAACUCCCCAUGUGAAGACCAUUGGGAUGCAGUUGUUCGCAUACUGAAGUAUAUUAAAGGAUCACCUGGAAAAGGUUUGCUAUAUGGUCCUAACAACGAUACAAAAAUCGUUUGCUAUUCAGAUGCUGAUUGGGCUGGUUCCCCUUCUGAUAGGAGGUCUACUUCUGGAUAUUGUGUCUCUAUUGGUGGCAACCUGAUAUCUUGGAAAAGUAAGAAGCAAAGUGUUGUGGCAAGGUCCAGCGCAGAAGCAGAAUAUAGAGCUAUGGCAUCUGCUACUUGCGAGCUUGUGUGGCUUAAACAAUUACUUAAUGAAUUGAAAUUUGGAGAUGUCACUCACAUGACACUUAUAUGUGAUAAUCAAGCUGCUCUUCAUAUUAGCUCUAACCCUCUCUUCCAUGAGAGAACCAAGCACAUUGAAGUUGAUUGUCAUUUUAUUAGAGAAAAAAUCAUAUCCGGAGAUAUCAAGACUGAGUUCGUUAACUCAAGCAACCAGUUGGCAGACAUGUUCACCAAGUCCUUACGGGAACCUAGAAUUGACUAUCUUUGUAACAAGCUUGGAACAUAUGAUUUAUAUGCUCCAGCUUGAGGGGAGUGUUAGAUGUUAAGUUGUGUGUUUAUGUUAAUUGGGCUCAGCCCAUUCUGUAUUUAGGAUUUAACCCUUAUCUUACAUUAUAAAUAAACUACCCCAUGUGUAUGCUAAACACAUAAGGGAGAUUUUUCCUAAUCUUCUCUACUAUUUCAUACUAGGUAUAGGGUUAAUCUCCUUUAUGUAGAAAAUACACAUAGGAUAAUGUAUCUAUAAUAAAGAGAAUGUAGGCUAAGCCCAAACACAAAUGAAUAUGUAAAUAUAACAUAAUUAACAUAGAGACAUGUUUUCCUAAUUAACAUAAACUGCAAUAUAUCCCCCUCCAUUUCGUCUAAUAAAUCAUUGUGAUGAUUAAAUGAAAAGUGCAAAUAGACCUUAAGUUAACGUAAACAAAAAUUAUAUUCUUGAAGCUUACUUUUGUAUAACAAUGAAUGUCUUCACCAUCUAUGCAAAUAAGAACUGAGUCAAAUACAAGUUUUUUUCAAAUACCAUUUUGGAAUUAAGCACAAGUUUUGUCUGCCAAUUAUCCUGACACAAGCAUAUUUCAACUUUGGUCCAAUUGUUUCCAUAGUACGAUGUUCAUGAUUUGGAGUAAAAAGCUAUGCAAUAUAGGAAGAUAAAUACUACCACCUAUAAAGGAUCUUGCCUAAAUUAGAGAAGGGCAAUUAAUGUUGCAUGAAGCACAUUUAAUGUUUCUCAACUUUCAAGUUUGACAAACUAUUAAAGAAGAAGAAUAUGUUUAAAAUGAGUUCAAAGCUACUCAACUUCCAAAAAAAGGAUUGCAACGAAUACUUUCUUCAAGGACCUAUUUAAAGACACUUCUUGGAGAAAAAGAAAAAAGAAGAAUAGCCAUUGUUUGCAAGAGCUAAAACUUUGUCAAUUUUUCUCUAUGCCCUAAUGUUUUGUUAGAACAUUGUUUGUGUUCAUUUAGAAAACUAGUAGAGAGAGCUCAACCUUGUAGAGGCUAUCUUUUUCAAAUGAGUGAAAAUUGAGAUUUUCUUUAUCUUAAGCAAGAAGUGGCUUAUUGAAAAAAUAUGUGGAUUAAGCCAAGAGUGACUUGUUGAAAGAACACUCGACAGGGAUUAGUCAAGAGUGACUGCAAUCCAAAAUAAUAUUGUGAUUAAGAAGUGGACUUUAUUAAGUCUAACUCAAUCCCACAAAACUGGCAUGUAAAGUGAGGUUUGUUCCCACUUAUAUACUAUGAAAUUGCCUUAUCUUUAGUCGAUGUAGGACUUCCAACACAUCCCCCUCACAUGAGGUAUAUACAUCUUGUGUGUGGGACUAGUGGAACAAUAGACUAACGAAAAACAAAUUUUGCUAGGAUAGGCUCUAACUCAUGGCUCUGAUACCAUGUUAAAAGGUGAAUUUUAAGGCUAACUCAACCCCACAAAAUCGACUUCUAAGGUGAAGUUUGCACCUACUUACAUACUUUAAAUUGGCCUUAUCUCUAGUCAAGUUGAGACUUCCAACACACCCUCCUCACGUCUAGCUAUAUACAUUUUGAGCGUGAGAAUAUAAACAUUAAUAGGUGGUCUGAUAGCAGCCCGAUAGCAGGUGGAACAAUAUGUCCAACAAACACAAAUCUCGUUAGGAAAGACUCUAACUCAUGACUCUGAUAUCAUGUUAAGAAGUGAACUUUAUUAAGCCUAAUUCAACCUUACAAAACCGGCUUGUAAGGUGAGGUUUGCAACCACUUAUAUACUAUGAAAUCGCCUUAUCUCUAAUUGAUGCAAAAUUUCCAAUAGGUUGUUUACUUAGUGAAACUUGACUGGUUGGUUAAGAAUUGAACAUAGUAUGUGCUAUUAAACCAACCAGUUUAAAAAUAGUGAGUAAUCUUCCCCGCUUAAUCUAUCAUAUUCUAUGUUAUGUAUGUUAAGCUAACUUAAAGAAAGCAGAGUCUUUAAAGCUCAGUUUGUGAAAAUUUUCUUAUGAGAAACUACAAAAAAUGUUAAAACACAAUCAACACUCCCUUAUGUUUUUCACGAUAAUAACCACAUACAAAGUAGAUUUUUACAAAAUUAAUAAAGCAAGAUAUUAUGCUAUAUCAUUUAUUACGAUAAGACUUCUUUUUUCCUCCUCUUAUCUCCUAAUGAUAUAAUCUGAUCAGUUCUGCAU